AUAUCGAUGAAUGUACAAGAGGAACUGACAACUGUGACGCAAUUGCAACUUGUAACAACACAAAUGGUGGCUUUCAAUGUGAAUGUCCUGAUGGAUAUGUGCUCAAUAUUAACACGUGUGAUGAUAUCGAUGAAUGCUCAAUAAGUAAUGAAUGUGCGGUUUUUGGAAGUAACUGCAUCAAUAAUCAAGGUGGCUACAGAUGCGAAUGUACUGAUGGAUUCUAUGGUAACGGAUAUAAUUGUCAAG